UUGCAGGGCGUUAGCACUUCCUCAUGGACUUCACCAUGACGACGGCGACGCCGGGCCAGGUUGCAUUGAUUCUCCUGGUCGAGUCAGCAGGUAGUAAUGGUCGUCGAAGCGGCUAGCACGUCGUUAUUUUCUUUUCAACAUCUGGUCGCGAAUUCUCUGCCCUUCAGGAUCGAACUAGAAGUCGCAUUCGGCUGAUGAUUCGAAUGAUAAUUAAGAAAGUUCAGUAAACCAUGACGGAGCACAGAGGUACAUCCUUCUUCCAUUCAUGCGUGAAGGUACCGGUGGAUCCUUACAGCAGACAACCAACUCCCUCGUAUGAACGUCCUCGAAUGUCAUCGACAAGGAACCGAAGAUCGGAGAAAGUGAAAAAGAUCAACUUUGCCGAAAACGAACCGACUGCCGUUGCUGAAGAUUCGGAGUCGUUGAGUCCGCGCGAUACCCUGGAGAACUUUCUGGAGUUCAUGAAGAGUAUACCGGACUAUGGACAGAUACACCAUCUGUCAAACGAGCAAUUCAAGCAGAGGGUCGAGUAUCUGAGGAGAAAGCAACGGUUGCUUCUUCAGAAUUUGAGAAAUUCACUGGACGAUUCGGCGGAAAAGCCGCCGUCGCGAUUGUCGAUCACAAGAAACGAGAACUUGAAGUCGAAGGAUGUCAAGCCGGACAUCGCUAGUGAUCUUAAAUUGAAUGGUAAAAAAUGCUACCUCGAAGAAUCCAGGACCAGCAGCCCGAUACUUUUUCCGUCCGGCACUUUUGCUGGUCUUGCCGAGGAUCAAGAUCUGUUAACAUACAGAUGCAGAGACAAGGACAAGGAGACGAAGACAAUGCGCAACAAAGAGAUAUUUGCGGCAAAUAAAAGUUGGAGUACUUGGAGUGGAUCAAAAAGCGACGAUAGCGUAGAUAGUGAUGGCGAGGACAGUAUCGAGACGAAGAGCUUGCCACCUAAUAGUUCGAAAGAAUGGCAUCCUACCAUGCCCAAACCAUUUAGCUUCACAUUGAGGGAAGAAGCGGAAAAAUAUAUGACGGAAAUAGAAGCGGCCGAGCGCAUAAAUCAAGAUAACACGAAAAAGAGUCAGAGUCCUUCAAAGAAACGCCGAGUCAGACCGAUUCCUAUUACGUCUAAAAUACCGCUUUAUGACAAAUUGAUGGCCGAGAAAGAGGAAAGGAGUCGCAUCGUACGCGAGGAAAGUACUCUGAAUCUAUUGUCACAGAUGCGACCUUUCAAGCUGGAGUGCGAUCGUCGUGCCUGGCGAUCCCUGGCGAGGUCUAGUCCCGAGCUCCGCUCCAGCAAAAGCAGUUCCUCGCGCUUCAAGGCCAAACCAGUGCCAAGAAACUUGUUCGGCACUGAAGUUUACGAUCGCAUGCUCGAGGAUGAAUAUUACAGACAGCUAAAGAAAAGGGUGAGAGCCGCCGAGUUGCUGAAGUCCUCUUCCUUGCCACCGUCGAUGGCGAGACGCGAGCGUGUCAAGUCCGCGUGUGCACAUUUGCAGGACAUAGCGUCCAACAAGGACGACGACGAGUCGAUGAUUCCGACGACGACGACGAUGUCCGAUGGAACCAGAUCCGCAAUGACGUCCAUGAUGUCCUCGCGCGGAAACAAUCUAGCCGCGAUCUUGAGAUGUCAGGCUUCACGAGAGAAACUGGAGCGCGAGAUACGGGAACGAAUGGAGGAGAAACGACGGGAGCAGAUACUGAAGCUCAGGGAGACGCUGAUCGGCCGGAAGCCCGCGUGGAGAGCCCUGAGGUCUGCCGCUAGGCACGAGCACGACAGGGACCUGGAUAUACGGUCGUCUCUUCGUCGGGACGAGGCGAGGGAGCAGGCCGAGCGUCAUCGUCUGCAGAUGGAAAUGAUGCUGGAUCGCGUGACGCAAAUACCGACUCUAUUUGAACGGCAUUCCCAGAGUUUCCAGUCACUUGCGAUGGCGCAACAACAAAAAACUUUACCGAAGAACAACGUCCGCAAGAAGAAGAAGAAGAAAAAGCAAUCGCUGAAGAGACCCAUGUCAAGCAGUCUGGAUUCGUACAUGAGCUUUGUCAGCAACUAUAGACCGAAUUCAGGAUCAUUGACCAGCUCUUCCGGUACUCUAAUUUCUUCAAGCCAAUCGUCAUCAAAGUCAUCGCAUGGUUCCUCCGAUAAAUCAGCAGCCAAGUCGGAAGGCUCAAUGUCGAAGAGAAAGGCCGAUCGUGGCCCGCUCAAGGUAUCGAUCAACGAAACUGCGGAACUGAUCGAGGAUCGUAAUGAGAAGUCGACGAGCAGCGACGAGCGAUCUCGUAGCGAGGAUCACGAAGAUGCAUUAUAAAAGGAUGACAAGGUCAUCGCCAAAAAGU